CAUAAAAAAGAGGAAAAAGAGGGAAGGAGAGAGUGGGGUUGAUUCUGGAGAGAGAAAAAAAGGGCCACGAAUCAGGUAUAUAAAGGCCCCAUUAGAGCACUUGUAUCUUCGCAAUGAUGAACUACUCACUACCUAAGAAGAGAAGAAGAAGCUCAACGGCUUUUUUCCUAUAUAUAUAUAUAUUUUAAAUAAUCUCCUUAUCUUUUCUUAUCUCUUUUCAUAGAUACAUAUGAGCUUGUGUCUCUUCCCUUCGUUUCUCUAAUUUCGAAGAUUUGCUGGUGUCUUUGCCUUGCUUAUAACACACGUUAUUCAGGCUAGUUUGAAGCCUUGAAAAAGCUGCGAUUCAACCUUCUGCUGAUCCUUCUCCUUCUAUAAAACCUCGCUCCCUUAGAGUCGCCUCUACUCGUCAGCAGUCGGGGAAGAGUGAGGUUUCGAAUUUUGACUGUGGGUUUUGGAAGAGUAUGGGAGAGGAGGGUGGCGGUGGCGGUGGCGGAGGAGGCAGGGUGGUGGUAGUGGUGAGGGAGUUUCACCCUGAAAAGGAUUGCAGGAGAGUGGAGGAAGUGGAGAGGAGGUGUGAGGUUGGACCCAGUGGGGAGCUCUCCCUCUUCACGGACCUGUUGGGCGACCCAAUUUGCAGGGUUCGCCAUUCUCCCGCCUUCCGCAUGCUGGUAGCUGAGACGGUGGGCGAAGAGAAUGAGGAAGCGAAGGAGAUAGUAGGGAUGAUAAGGGGUUGCAUCAAAACCGUUACAUGUGGGAAGAAACUCUCCAGAAAUGGAAGGACCUCCAAUGAUCCUACCAAACCCCUUCCUGUUUACACCAAACUCGCCUAUAUCUUAGGCCUUCGCGUCUCUCCUUCUCACCGGAGAAUGGGUAUUGGGUUGAAGCUGGUUUGUAGAAUGGAGGAGUGGUUUAGAGAUAAUGGCGCUGAAUAUUCCUAUAUAGCCACUGAAAACGACAAUCAAGCUUCCGUUAAGCUCUUCACCGACAAAUGCGGCUACUCCAAGUUCCGUACGCCUUCCAUCCUGGUGAACCCCGUCUUUGCUCACACAGUCCGUCUUCCUAAACGAGUCCACAUCUUCAAGCUCUCCCCCUCCGACGCCGAGGCGCUCUACCGCCGUUGCUUCUCAACCACAGAGUUUUUUCCCCGUGACAUUGACUCCGUCCUCAACAAUAAGCUCAAUCUCGGCACCUUCGUGGCCGUUUUUUCCGAGUCAUACCCCACCCAAUCAUGGCCCGGAUCGGACUCGUUCCUGGCGGACCAGCCCGAGUCGUGGGCGGUUCUCAGCGUCUGGAACUGCAAGGACGUGUUCACGCUAGAGGUGCGUGGCGCGUCGCGCGUGAAACGGGGGUUCGCGAAAACGACUCGUUUGGUGGACAGGGCGCUCCCGUGGCUGCAGUUGCCGUCUGUGCCGGAGGUGUUCAGGCCGUUCGGACUACACUUCAUGUAUGGGCUGGGGGGAGAAGGCCCACGCGCGGUGAAGUUGGUGAAGGCGCUGUGUGGGUACGCGCACAACCUGGCUAAGGACCGUGGGUGCGGGGUGGUGGCCACGGAGGUGUCCAGCCGCGAACCUCUCAGAUUAGGAAUCCCACACUGGAAGAGGCUAUCCUGCGCCGAGGACCUAUGGUGCAUGAAGAGGCUCGGGGAAGACUACAGCGACGGCUCGGUCGGUGACUGGACCAAAUCACCCCCUGGCCUUUCCAUUUUUGUUGACCCCAGAGAGUUCUAAUUUCUGAUUAUCCCUCUACUACUUCAAAAAAGAACAAAAGAAAAGAAAAAAAAUCUUAGAUUAGAGCUGAAAAGGAACCAGGAAAAAAAGUAACUUUUUUUUCCUCUAACUUUAUUUUCAUCCUUUUUUUUUUUUUUGUUUUUUUAGGGGUAUUUUUUUUCUUUAAUUUUGUAACGAUUUGGGAGUGGGAAAAAGAGAGAAUGAGAAGAUAUGGGUUUUUGUUGUGAAAGGGAAUAUCCUCCCUUUUUUUUUGCUUUUGUAAAUGGAUGUUGCUUUUUUCGAUCCUCUUUCAGCCAAACGCAGCCUUAGUUUCAUGUGGGGUUUCCUUAUCUUUUACUUACUAUAAAGUCUAGGCGAUCAUGUGUAUACGAAUAUCCUUUGAUGUUUUCUCCUUUUUUUGUUUCGUUUUUUUAUUUUUUUUGUUUUUUCCAGUCCACUAAAAUGGGGCACCCAUAUUUUCUUUCCAAUGUGGCCUUCAUACUCAUUGGCUUUUUCAAUAUAUUCAUAAUAUGAUGGGGAUGUGAAUUUGGUGGGUU